AUGUCACCUUCUAUAGACAACGACGAAUCAUCUCAUAGAACCCUGUUGUUAUUUGGUUCACAGGCACUCUCUUUCGAUGAAGCUUACUUUGAGCGUAUUCGGCUGAAUGUGGUAGGGGACAAGGACAACCGGUGGAUGAUAGAUGUGGUGGAGGACCUGUCAACAUACUGGAAUGAACUUUGCGAAAUAAUCCCGAGUCUACGGAGCUUGCCAGGGGAGAGAUGGCUGAAGCAACACACCCACUGGCUGCAACAUGGAAGCAAAGAAGACCAGCGGCCCUCCCAGCUUCCGAAUAUCAUACUCAGCCCCUUGGUCAUCAUGGGCCACCUUAGCGAAUAUGUUCAACACUCUGCCGCUUCUGGGGAAGGAUUUCAGUCGGAGGAAGCAGAAUAUCAACGGGCGAACACAGAGACCUUGGGCUUCUGUAUCGGUCUUCUGAGCGCAUUCGCCGUUUCGAGCAGUUCAACGAGAGCACAGUUUUGCCAGAAUGGCGCAGCUGCCAUACGGCUUGCCAUGGUUGUAGGUGGACUUGUCGACGCACAGAUGGCUGAGAGCGAGUCUGUCUCCCUGACGGCGACAUGGAAGUCGGAACAAGGUGCCACCAAGCUUAAUGAGGUGUUGGAAAAUUUCCCAGAUACAUAUAUCUCAGUCUCGUAUGACGAGAACCGUGCUACUGUUACAACCGCGAAGAGCACAGUUUCGACCCUUCAGGGGAAGUUGGGCGAAGCUGGCAUUAACACUAAUGAGAUCGGGUUGCAGGGUCGUUUUCACACUCCGAUGCACGAGGGUGACAUGAGAGCUGUGCUCAGAUUCUGCGAGGCGCACCCGGGAUUCAGGCUCCCAGACGCCUCCAAACUCACCAUACCGACACGCUCGAACUCUGGAGGUCGGUUAAUUACACAGGGGAAUCUUCAUGAGAUUGCUCUGCGAGAGAUUCUGGUCGAUCACUGUGACUGGAUUAGCAGCUUCCGCAACGCCAGCUCUGCCUCUCUUACGAAAGCGGGAUCGCAGCUGGUGGUAUUUGGUUCUCAGCGAUGCAUCCCCCAGUCAAUUCAACGGAGCAUAAGCGCCCAUGUCACCUAUGUCGACGCGAACUCCGUUCAAAAUCCAGAGACAACCGUAAGAGACGACGACAUCGCGGUCGUGGGCAUGUCAUGCAACCUGGCUGGUGCCUCGGACGUGGAUCAGUUUUGGAAGAUAUUGAUGGACGGCGAAUCUCAACACAAGGAGGUCCCAACGGAUCGCUUUACGUUCGAGACCGUCUUUCGACAAGAGAACGACCCGAACCGGAAAUGGUACGGCAACUUCAUCGACGACUACGACGCUUUCGAUCACAAGUUCUUCAAGAAGACCCCGCGAGAGGCUACCUCGAUGGACCCUCAGCAAAGGCUCCUCUACCAGGCAUCGUACCAAGCGGUGGCGCAGUCGGGAUACUUCCAGAAGCCUCUUACCAGUCUGGACACCAAGGUAGGAUGCUACAUAGGAGUAUGCGCGACGGACUACGAAACCAACAUAGCGCAUUACCCCGCCAACGCGUUCUCGGCUACUGGCAACCUGCGGAGUUUCAUCGCCGGCAAGAUCAGUCACUACUUCGGCUGGACCGGGCCAGGACUGACGAUCGACACUGCUUGCUCGGCAUCAGCUGUCGCCAUUCACCACGCCUGCCAGGCCAUCUUGACGGGCGAGUGCACAGCAGCUCUAGCUGGCGGUACCAACUUCAUCAGCUCCCCCCUCUGGUACCAGAACCUGGCGGGCGCUUCUUUCCUCAGCACCACCGGACAAUGCAAGCCGUUUGAUGCCAAAGCCGAUGGGUAUUGCAGAGGUGAAGCCAUCGCCACCGUCUUCUUGAAGAAGAUGAGCCAAGCUAUCGCAGAUGGCGAUCAAAUAUUCGGCAGCAUUUCCGCUACCGGCGUCUUCCAGAACCAGAACUGCACACCCAUCUUCGUGCCCAAUGCCCCUAGUUUGUCUGAUCUAUUCAAUACCGUGCUGGAGAGGUCUGGUAUUGAGUCGAAGCAAAUAACUUACGUCGAAGCUCAUGGGACGGGCACCCCAGUGGGUGAUCCGGCUGAGUACGAAAGUAUCCGGACAGUCUUCGGUGGACGAACUGGUCAAGUUCCCCUGCAAUUUGGCAGCGUCAAGGGUCUCAUAGGUCAUACGGAAGGCAGCUCUGGAGUCGUAUCUUUAAUCAAGGUGCUCCUUAUGAUGAACGAGGGUUACAUCCCGCCACAAGCGAGCCAUUCCGCCAUGAACCCUGGGAUCAAGGUAUCUCAAUCCGACAACAUGACCAUCACGACUAAACCACUACCUUGGGAGUCGAGCUUCAAGGCAGCGCUCAUCAACAACUACGGUGCCUCAGGAUCGAAUGCAUCGAUGAUCGUCAAGCAAGCGCCGCGCCUGGGCUCAAAGGCCAUAACAGGUGCGGAGGCUUUCAAGGCCCCCUUCUACAUCUCCGGCUUCGAUGAAAAGAGUUUGAGAGCCUAUGUCACCAGGCUCCGCCACUUCCUCAAGACCCGAAUAGCGUCUGGUACGAAAAUUGGGCUAGAGGACUUGGCUUUCAACAUUGCCCGACAGUCUAACUGGUCCCUGGAGUCCGCCUUGAUCUUCAGCUGCCAAUCGAUCGAUGAGUUCGACGACAAGUUGGCGGCCUUUGAGUCUGGCAACAGCAAGAUGGCGUCAGUCACGCCACCAGCACCGAGACCAGUCAUUCUCUGCUUUGGAGGACAGAUAUCUACCUUUGUCGGCUUGGACCGCGAAGUGUACGAGAAUGUCAAGGUCUUGCGCAAGUACCUCGAUAACUGCGAUGCUGUCUGUCGGUCCAUCGGUGCUGGUAGCAUAUACCCCGGCAUCUUCCAGCGCGAGCCUAUUGCGGAUGUAUCCAAGUUACAGUCCAUGCUAUUCGCGAUUCAAUACUCCUGUGCCAUGAGCUGGAUUGAGAGCGGUAUCCGGCCAACUGCUGUUGUGGGACACUCCUUUGGCGAACUGACAGCCCUCUGCGUGUCAGGCGCACUCAGCAUUCGUGAUACGCUGAAGAUGAUUGUUGGACGGGCAAAACUGAUCAAAGAUCGAUGGGGCCAGGAGAAGGGAGCGAUGAUGGCAGUGGAAGCUGACCGUGAAGUAGUCGACAGGCUUUUGGUCGAAAGCCACUCGCCAGUCACCAUUGCAUGCUUCAACGGACCGCGAAGCUUUACUCUAGCAGGCUCAUCCGAUUCCAUUGAUGAUUUGGUCAAAUAUAUGUCUUCUCAUCAGACAUAUUCAUCGAUGAAAUUCAAGAAGUUGAACGUGACCAACGCAUUCCACUCUACUCUAGUCGAGCAUCUGAAGCCCGAGCUAGAGCAAGUAGGAAAGGACUUGACCUUCCUGGAGCCUACCAUCCCCCUCGAAAGAGCCACCGAAUACAAGAAUACCGAUAAAUUCACACCAUCCUACGUGGCGGAUCAUAUGAGAAACCCCGUCUACUUUGACCACGCUGUUCACAGACUGUCCCGACAAUAUCCUUCAGCCAUUUGGCUCGAGGCUGGCUCCAAUUCAACGAUAACUACCAUGGCGGGUAGAGCACUCAGCACGCCGAAGGGCUCAUCCUUCCAGCCAGUGAACAUAACUAGCGGCCAAGGCUUGCAACAGCUUACUGACACCACGCUGGGCUUAUGGUCGGCUGGUCUGCGCGUCUCCUUCUGGGCACACUCCAAGUCACAAACUGGUCAAUACACACCUAUACUCCUACCUCCUUAUCAAUUCGACAAGCAAAGACAUUGGCUUGCUUUCAAAGUCCCUCCGAAGUACGGAGAAAUUGACUCCAGUCUUCAAGGAGAACAGGGCGCCAAGGGCGACGAACUCCCCACCACAUUAUUCUCAUUCCUGGGAUACAGAGACAAUUCCCAAGACCACCCCCGCUUCCGUAUUAACACGAUGAUUCCGAAAUAUGAAGACAUCGUGUCGGGUCACGUCAUCGCGAAGACAGCCCCCAUCUGCCCCGCAACCCUCCAAGUCGACCUCGCUAUCGAGGCCAUUCUCAGCAUUCAGCCCGAACUCCGGGAAAAGAAUAUGCACCCGCAGAUCUGCAACGUAACGAACCAAUCGCCGAUCUGCAUUAACCCGGCCCGGUCGGUGUUCCUGAACUUCGCCCGCAUCGGCAACAACGCGCCUGUGUGGAACUUCGAAAUCGUCAGCAGCGAUGACAAGCCAGGCGAGACCACGCACGUCACCGGCGAGGUCCGCUUCCUCAGUGCCAACGACUCCCAGUACCGUCUCGAGUUCAACCGCUUCGAGCGGCUGGUCAACCACCAGCGAUGCCGUCGCAUCCUCAGCUGCGAUGACGGCGAUGACGUCAUCCAGGGGCGCAGCAUUUACAAGGUCUUCUCGGAAGUGGUGGACUACGGGAAGGAGUUCUUCGGCCUGCAGAAGCUCGUGGGCCGUGCAUAUGAGUCUGCGGGCCGCGUGGUGAAGAAGCAUUCCGGCGAGACCUGGCUGGACCCCUUCCUGGGCGACUGCUUUAGUCAGGUAGGUGGCAUAUGGGUCAACUGCAUCGCGAACCAGUCCUCGAAGGACAUGUACAUCGCCAAUGGAUUCGAGCAGUGGAUGAGGUCCCCGAAGAUCCUCAAGUAUGAAGGGGGCGGUCCUUACGAUGAACAGGAGGAGUGGCAUGUCUUGGCAAAUCACAAGGAGUCGGCUUGCGGCAAUGCUUUCGUGACCGAUAUUUUCAUCUUCGAUGCCAAUAACGGAGACUUGGUCGAGGUCAUCCUCGGUGUCAAUUACGCCAAGGUUCCGCUUGCGUCCAUGAGCAAGCUCCUUACCAGACUUACCCCGAGUCUUGCAAAUUUGCGCGGGGAUAGCAAAGAAAAGUCCAAGGGACAAUCUCAUGCCGAGCAGCAGCCCGAGGGUUUUAACGAUUCCGAACCUACGCAAGCUGUCCAAAUACCCAAGCGAGCUAAAGGAAACUCCAAGGCCGCUCACCUUGCCAAGUUGAAGGCAGUAUUGGCUGAUAUCACAGGUCUUGAACCCGAGGAGAUUGCAGAUGAUGUCGACCUCGGAGACAUCGGCAUCGACUCUCUCAUGGGUAUGGAGAUGGCUCGCGAAGUUGAGCAGACCUUUAAUUGCACACUGGACGUUGACGAGCUUAUGAACGUUACGGAUAUGCCCAGUCUUUUCAGGUGUCUGUUGACAGCCCUGGGAGAAUCCGAUGAUGGCGAGUCUGACACUAGUGGUGACCAGACAUCAGGAGAAAACAGCGCCAGUUCCAAAGAUACUCCCCCGUCUAGCAACGCCACGUCAAUUCAUACCCAUGAAGAUGCCCCUAUCUCCAAGGGUGAGAGCAACAGCCAGAAUGAUACGGCAGUGAAACUACCUCAAUCAGUUGUCCUGGAAGCCUUCGGCGAGUCGAAAUUGCGUACGGACCACCUCAUUCAGGAUCAUAGAUGCUCGGGCUACAUGCAUAACAUCCUCCCCCACCAGACUAAGCUCUGCAUCCAGCUCACAGUCGAAGCAUUCCGGGAGCUAGGUUGCGACCUUGCAACGGCCCGUCCCGGACAGGAGUUAGAACGCAUCCCAUUCGAACCCCGUCACAACCGUCUUCAAAUCUACCUAUACCAAAUGCUGGAAGAAACCCGCAUCAUCGACCUCGACGGGGACCGCAUCACCCGAACCGGCCUCCCUCUACCCACCAAGACAAGCGACGAAUUACUCGCAGAUCUGGUGCGCAACUAUCCAGACCACACCUAUGCCAACCAAUUGGCACACUGGACUGGCUCAAAACUCGCUGAGGUGCUUCGGGGCAAUGAGGACGGUAUCAAACUGAUCUUCGGCAACGAAAGGGGUCGUGAGCUCGUCGCCGGUCUCUACGGCGAUACGCAGCUGAAUAAGCUCUCCUAUAUGCAAAUGAAUGACUUCCUGGGUCGGAUCGUCGCGAAGCUUUCCGAGAUUGGCCAGGACGGUACUCUGAGGAUUCUGGAAAUGGGAGCAGGGACUGGUGGUACGACUAAGUGGCUUGUACCCAUGCUCGCGAAGCUCGGGUUCCCCAUUGAGUACACCUUCACGGACCUGGCCCCCUCAUUCGUGGCCGCUGCCCGGAAGAAGUACAAGGAGUACCCGUUCAUGAAGUUCGCCGUCCACGACAUCGAGAAACCGCCCGCCGACGCCAAUCUGAUUGGGUCGCAGCACAUCGUCAUCGCCAGCAACGCCGUGCACGCGACGCAUUCCCUGACCGUGUCCGCCGGCAACAUCCGCAAGUUCCUGCGCCCCGAUGGGCUCCUGAUGAUGCUGGAGAUGACGCACACCGUGUACUGGGUCGACAUGAUCUUCGGCAUUCUCGAGGGCUGGUGGCUCUUCGACGACGGACGCGCACACGCGCUGUCGGAUGAGUAUCGCUGGGAGCGGGAUCUCCACUCCGUCGGCUACGGCCAUGUCGAUUGGGCCGACGGCGAGUCCCCUGAAACGGAUGUCCAAAAGGUCAUCAUUGCCUUGGCGUCCGGGCCGCAACUAGACCGGUUGCCAGCUGCUUCAUCGCCUGCCACGAGCGCCCCAGCCAUGAACCUUGAAUCGCGGAAGGCAGAUGUGGAGGCGUACGUGAAGAAGGCCUCCGAAGGAUUUCACAUCCCCGAGUAUUCGGGCCCCCUAAUCAAGUCCUCGUGCAACGAGAACGCUGUCCUCGUGACCGGAGCAACCGGUAGUCUGGGAUGCCAUCUCGUCACCCACUUUGCCAGCCUUCCCAACGUCCAGACAGUGUACUGCAUCAACCGACGGAGCAAGCAAGACCCCGUGGCCCGCCAGAUCGCAGCCUUAGAGUCCAAGGGCAUCGUGCCCGACGCCUUCUCGCUCUCAAAGCUCAAGGUGUUCGAGACCAGCACAUCGCAGCCCUUGCUCGGCCUCCCGCAAGACCAAUACCAGAGCAUGGUGAAGUCCGUGACGCACAUCGUGCACAACGCGUGGCCGAUGAACAGCAAGAAGCCGAUCAAGGGCUUCGAGUCGCAGUUCCAGGUGCUGCGCAACCUGAUCGACCUGGCCGCCGAAGCCUCGUCGCGCCGGGGCCCCGAGUUCAAGGUCUCUUUCCAGUUCAUCUCGUCCAUCGGCACCGUGGGCCACUACCCGCUGCACAAGCACACGCCGCACAUCCCCGAGGAGCGCAUGCAGAUCGACUCCGUGCUGCCUAACGGCUACGGCGACGCCAAGUACGCGUGCGAGCGCAUCCUCGACGAGACCCUGCACACGCGGCCCGACCUCUUCCGCCCCAUGGUCGUGAGGCCCGGCCAGGUCGCGGGGUCCUCGAUCAGCGGGUACUGGAACCACGUCGAGCACCUCUCGUUCCUGAUCAAGUCCGCGCAGACGCUGCGCGCGCUGCCGGAUUUCGACGGCCCCUUGUCCUGGACCCCCGUCAACGAUGUGGCGGGCACGCUCGCGGACCUACUACUCAACGACAACGUCCCGCAUCCGGUGUACCACAUCGAGAACCCCGUGCGCCAGCCGUGGAAGGAGACGAUACCGGUGCUUGCGGACGCGCUGGGGAUUCCGAGAGACAGGAUCAUCCCGUACAAGGAGUGGAUACAGCGCGUGCGCUAUUUCCCGGGCAAGGCGGAGUGGGAUAACCCGGCCUGGCUGCUGGUGGACUUCCUGGAGUAUGAUUUUGAGAGAAUGUCGUGUGGUGGUGUGUUGCUGGGGACGGAGAAGACGCUGUCGCACUCGGCGACGUUCCGGGGCGUUGGGCCGGUCAGCCCGGAUGUGGUGCACAAGUAUGUACACGCGUGGAAGGAGAGUGGGUUCUUGCGAUGAUUGCCUGUAUUUUUGUUUUAAUGGGAUCCAUGGUGAUAGAUUGGGGUUGGGCUUUAGACCCGGAGUACAUGUUCGAUUCGCGGUUUUGGUUUGGUUAGGUUCAUAAUAAUGGCUGCUUGGA